AUGGCACCUGUCCUGUCCAACAUCCUCCAAGCCCGGCAGUCCACCACCACCUCAUCCGAGAGCUGCAAUUGCCCCGAUAGCAUCUCAGGCGGUGGCAUUGCAGGAAUUGUCAUCGGCUCCAUCGUCGGCACCCUGCUGCUUAUCUGGCUCUUCCGGGUCUGCUCAUUGCCCGGCGCUUGGGGCGGUGGGGAACCCGAUUAUGGAUACAGCGGGGGAGGAGGGACGGAGGUGCGCUCGACGCAUCGUCGAAGCCGGAGUAGUCCGUCUUAUGUGGAAUAUGUCGAUAAGCCGAGCCGUUCGCGGAGAUAUCGGGAGGACGUUCGGCGGCCGGCCAAGGUAUAUCUGAAUUAG